AUGAGUCAACCACGCAAUUCAGACUUGAAGUUUUGCACGGUGUGCGCUUCCAACAAUAAUAGGUCGAUGGAAUCGCACAAAGUCCUCCAAGAAGCCGGGUAUAGCGUCAGUUCCUAUGGUACUGGAUCUGCGGUUAGAUUACCUGGACUUUCUAUUGAUAAACCAAACGUUUAUCAGUUUGGUACGCCUUAUAACGAUAUAUAUAAUGAUCUUUUAUUCCAAUCUGCUGAAAGGUACAAAUCAAAUGGACUUUUGCAGAUGUUGGAUCGUAAUAGAAAAUUGAAAAAGGCACCAGAAAAAUGGCAAGAUAAUCAUGAACUUUUUGAUGUUGUCUUCACCUGUGAAGAAAGAUGUUUUGAUGCUGUUUGUGAAGAUUUAAUGGGACGUGGUGGUAAUUUGAAUAAGAUUGUUCAUGUUAUUAACGUUGAUAUCAAGGAUGAUAAUGAAAAUGCAAAAAUCGGUGGGUUGGCAAUAUUAAAAUUAGCUGAUAUGCUAACUAAAAAAGUAACUGAAUCGCGUAAGGGUCAAAUACCGUUUGAAGAUUGCAUGAUGGACAUUCUGACCGAUUGGCAAGAAAAGCAUCCCAAUUUACCUGUAUUAUAUUCACCUGCCUACUAUUGA